AUCAGUCUUUGUAACGAAGAAGAAGCAGCGUCCAUCCUGUCACAGACAGCAGCAGUUUGUGUGUUUUUACAGAAAGUCGUUUGUUUGUGAGGGUCAGAUGGCCGCAGUGUGUGAUCGGUAUCGGAGAGUGUGUUUGUCAGAUACUCAGCUGGACUUCCCGGGCCAGCCGUACUCUGUGUCCGUCCUUAAAGUCGGUUACUGCGUCCCUCAGACUGACGGGACGUUCAGAGCCGACGGGACUAUUACCCUCAUAAGGGGAGUCAUGGACAUUCUGGUGGAUACCGGGGGGCCCUGGGACCGGGAAUUCCUCCUCCACUCAUUAAAGCGAAGAGGCCUGGAGCCCGGGGAUAUACAGCUGGUGGUGGGGACUCACGGACAUUCAGAUCACAUUGGAAAUUUGAAUCUCUUCCCUUCUGCAUUGACUAUAGUGGGAUACGAUAUCAGUGAGGGGGACACGUACCGCCCCAACCAGCUGGCAGAAGGACAGGUCUACACUGUGGAUGAACAUGUGUAUGUGGUUCCCACCCCAGGGCACUCAGGACAAGACAUCAGCGUCCAGGUGGAGGGAACAUCUGUUGGAACUGUCCUUGUUGCAGGAGACUUGUUUGAGUGCUGGUCCGAUGACAACAGCUGGAAGGAUCUGAGUCUGAACAGUGCAGUGCAGGAAGUCAAUCGACAGAAGGCUCUGAAUACUGCUGAUGUCAUUAUACCUGGACAUGGACUUCCUUUCAGAGUUCUCAAAACUUGAUUACUUCGAAAUGAUAUGCUGAUAUCGCUUGGCUUAUUUACAACUUAUCUAGGAGUCUUGUGUAUUAUUAUCCCACUGCCUGAGCUUUAUUGAGUUAAUUCAGUCAAAGUUUACACUGAGUAAUCCUACUGAAUAGCACAUGUUCACACAUGAGGAACACACACAAGUGUUCAUAAACACUUUAUGUUUGUGACUGUUUAAAGUAUGCGAUUUUCAAAGUUUGAUGUUUUGAAUUCCUUCUUUGAAAAAUUCUUCAUAUGUGCUGCCUGAAAAUAAACAUUAUUUCCAUCAACCUUUUGAAGAAUUGCUGCAAUUCUGUGAACUUUGACAGUUGAUAAACAUGACAUGGUAAGCUAUAGGCCUGAAUGAAUGGCAAAAUGAUCCGGGAUUCAUUGAUUAAAAUGUCAAUGUCAUGCUUCCAAAAAUUCUUAAUUGAUGCACCACUGUGUUUCUUUGUGGCUAAAUAAAAUUAGAGUUUUAAUUCUGAA